UUACAGUAUGGUACCUUUGUUAGUUGUUUGUGAUUUCAAGGUAAUAAAAUAAUUAUAUCCAUAGCUUUUCUUAAGGUCAGUAAAUUCUUCUCGAUCAGCAUAUGCCUGUAUCUUCUUUUCAUCUAUGUUCUUUCAACACUAUUCCUGGAGAAUUUCACCUGAACUGUGUCUAAAUGAAAACAGUGCACGACUCAAGUGUAAAUUAACAAUAAAGGCAGUCCUACCUGUGUUUAGGUGCUCAAAUAGCCUAGAAAAGACUGUAGAAAAAUGCAACAUUUACACAGACUUUAAAGACUGCCAUAUUGUUUUUCAACUUUUCUGCAAACAUGGCAUUGUGAAAACUCAUAACUUAUCUUUUCAAGAAUGUGAACCUUUGCAGGCUAUGUUUGCUAAGCAUCUGUGCCCCAACGUAUUGAAGAUACAUUCAAGGCAGCUGUCUGACAUACUGAUUCAUUUUCCAACCAAUCAAGAUGAAGUCACUUUAUCUGUAACACCACUGAAAGCUUGUUUCAAGACUUAUGUUGAGGAUGAAAUGGAUUUUGCAAAGGAAAUGCAUACUAAGAUACAUCUUGAGCCAGAAGAAUUUGAGUAUUUUCAAGUUGGAGUAGACUCUGAAGUCACAUUUUGCCUUAAAGAGCUACGGGGACUGCUGGCUUUUGCAGACACCCUCAGCGCUUCAAUCUCUGUUCAUCUUGAUGUUUCUGGAAAGCCAGUUGCUUUCAGCAUUGAGGACAUGAUGGUCAAAGCCAGCUUUGUUUUAGCCACUUUGGCAGAUAUUGAAAACAAGGAAUCUUAUCAUAAUUCUCCACAUCUUUCACAAGGCCAGAAAAGGAAUCCUGCGUUACAUGGGAGCAACAGGGACAUCCUUGUCUUAUCUGCAAACAUGGCAGACCCAGAGGCUGCCAGAAGUACCGCAGAGGAUGCUACAGCAAUGGAAGAAACUAUACCAACUCAUCCUGAUUACAGUAAGUUUCAUUCUUUGUUCUUUGGAGCAGUUUCGUCCAAGGAACAAGGCACCGCUCACACAUUCCAGUCUUUGGCAACAGCAAGUGACACCGAAGAGGAUUUUGGCAACGGACAAAUUUCCCAAACAUUUUAGCAGUACAACGUAUCUAUUGGUCUGCUAAUACUGAUGAAUCAUUAAAUAAUAUUCAAAUGCCAACAUAGAGCCAUGCUGAAAUCCUCUUAGUAUUAGGUUUGUUAAAAACAUUGGCUCCCAGUGUUAGGAGUGUUACUAGAAGCUUCUGGACUAUGUAUUACUUCUUACUGUAAAGCCAGUAAUUUCAGUCAGAUUAUAUGUUUUCCCAUGUUUGCUUUAACACGGACGUUUAACAUUAACAUUUCACCACUGGAGAACUUCAAAGGGGCAGACGUAACUCAGUUCCUCCUCCUCCACUCCUUAAUUGAAAGACGAGAUUCACGCAAACCGUUCAAGUGUUGCUGUUGGUUCUUUUAAUCCUGCAGUCAUGACAGCAUGCAGUUUGCAGUGUGAGGGCAGCAAGAUUGGAGUGGGCUGGAAGCCUCCCCCCUCCUUUCAGAGGUGCCCCCAGUGUCUUCCAGCAGAGAAUACAUUUGGCUGUUUCAGCCCUGGAAACAGGCAGUUGCCCAGAGCAACCUAACAAAGAACCACUAGGCACACACUGCUCUGCUUUCCUUUAAGAUGUACUUCCCUUCAACCCCACAGGGAAAGAGAAUAGCUACUUGUAACCCCAAUUGUGGUGAAAUGGACGAAUUGGCUAGUACAGAGGCAGGAAAGCUUGUAGGUUUGGUAUAGUUGUGGUUCACUGUAUGUUAGGACUAAGGCCUGUUUAAGCUUGGCACUACACGCAUCCUGUAAUAACAGUCAGCAUUUCCCCUUCUUCAGUAUGAGCCCUCAUUAUACAAAUCUUUAUUUGUUUUUAUGUGUCAGCAUCUCCCCUUCAUUCCAAGGAUCCUCUUGAUCCACCCAGAACUUCUCUUGCACAGUCCUGAAAAGACUGGCAGUCUCUGCUCCUUUGCAAUCCCCUUUCAUCUUGAUGCAGAGAAGUUCCUGAACAUUAAUGAACAGACUUCAGCAGCUGGAAAGGCUGUUACUACAUUGAUCAACAUUUUAUUCAUGUCUGAAAGGACACUGCAGUUUAUACUUCUGCUGAAUUUGAAAGAACUUGUCCCACAAGGUCUUCAAAACCUUCCUUUUGUGUGUGGAUAUAUGGAGUAGAAGAUGCAGGUGUUACACGUGGUGCCCACUUCAGAAGUUUGUAAUUGGGAUAUUGUUGAAAGCUUUUA